GAAUUCACCAAAUCAGAUAUGUCGAAACGGGUCGCAAUCGAAUUGUGGGACUGGGACAGAACCUCUCGAAACGACUUCAUGGGCAGUCUCUCCUUCGGCGUCACCGAAUUGAUGAAGACCCCAAUCACUUAUGCCUGGUAUAAAUUGCUCACUCAAGAAGAGGGCGAAUUCUACGCCAUCCCCUGCGUGGAUGAGGCAUCAGCCGCCAUGGCGGAGCUGAGAGAGAAGAUCAAGAUUCUUCGUCGGAGUGAAUCGACAAAAAAUCUCUACAAAUAA